AUUGGGCAGCGCAGGAACCCGGUGACCCGCUGACAGCCCACUGAGCCCCAUGUCGGGCGUACGUCUGUCCCCGGGAUCCCCCGGUGUGGAACGGGUGUCCCGGGCCCCCGGCUCCCCGAGAGCCCCCACCCGCCGCCGCCUGUUCGGGGCGGUAGAUCAUGAGAACCUGUCCCGGGAUCUGGACCGUUGCCGCCGGGAGAUAGAGGACGAGCAGCGGCUCCGCUGGAACUUCGACUUUGUUAAUGAGCGGCCCCUGGAGGGGCCCCUGAGCUGGGAGCCCGCGGGGCCCGACAUACCGGAGUUCUACCGGCGAGGGCCACACCCAAAACCGGGCGUACCGCCCAUCAGCCAGCACCGAAAAACGGGCACCGAGGAGGAUACACGGGGCAAAAAGAGGAGCGGAGAACUGACAGACUCGUCUUCUACCAAUAUGAAGAAAUCCCACAGAACAGAGCCUGGACAAACAUCUGAGGGAGACCUAACGCCACCUCCUGAGCAGACCCCCAAGAAGAGCAGACCAAGCACGUAAAGGAAUGGGAUUCCAGUUCCACCCUCCCUCCAGUGCUGGCUGACUCCUGCCCACUCAGCCCGUGGACUCUGUCACUGGUGGGAGAUUCCUACAAGCACUGAUACAGAGUAACACUACAGAGCCCGGGCAUAAGAUGUAGCAUUUGUGCAAUUAGGCACCAGUACCAGCUCCUCUCACUACCUGUGUAAUUGUCAUCUCUCCCAAUGUAGCACAUAAGACUUUUUUUUUUGUUUUGUAUGAUUUUUCAGAGAGGGGUGUGGGGUGAAAAGGGGGUGUCCCCCCCCGAUUCAAGUGAAGCGAAUUGGGGCUAAUUUAGCACAUCACUUGAUCUUCAACUUCCGCACGGGGAGGCCCGAGACCCCUUUAUGUUGCACUUCCAACGUCAUUAUCAUUUAAAACAUCGUAUACUGAAUCAAUGAAAGCCGCCGGAGCUGAUAAUUCUAAAUGAUUUGCGUUUUACAUUUCAU